UGCUGCAGAAGGAGAAGCCUGGCCAUAUUGUCACAAACUGCAGUUUAGGUAGACUGUGAGAAAAAGGAUACGGCAGGAUGACGGCAACACGUGGCAAACCUUUAUUCAGGUUGCAAGCAGUCCAGGAAACAAGUCCAAAAACAGGGGCAAACAGAAGCCAAAUCAAUGCAGAGAGAAGGCACACAACUUUUACAUUUUUACAGCACUCAAUUCUGGAAGUUCAGACUGAGGAGGACCCUGGGAAGUUCCUGGACACUUUAAUGGCCAACGAUCUGUUAAGAAACAAAGGAGUUUUUAAACCCUGUCAGUCAUCAGAAGGUUUCGCCACUUUAAAGUGGAAGGAAGUGAAACUCGAUAGCACGUAAGUAAAAUAUACAGCUGCCAUCGUCAGCCUGUCCAGGUUUAACGAGUAGCCUUCAUCACAUAAAGUACUGUGGGAUUAUCAAGCAACAGAGUUUUUACCAGAAUGUCAGCAGACUCCAUCACUUCCAAGGAGACGCAGCACGAUCCCGGCUCUGAUGUCCCCUCAGCAUCGAUGCAUUCCUACCAAGGAGAGCAGCCUCCAGCCUACUCUGAAGCCCCACCAGUGUACAAACCACCUCAAAUCUCUCGUUAUGAGUCUUUCCAUGACAUAAACCCACAGAUAUCAUCAGAAACGACUCCGCUGGUGUCCUCAUCUUCCUUUGAUGACGAGAUAGUGAGGAAAGGGUUUAUUAGAAAGGUUUUUAGCAUCGUGACGCUCCAGCUACUGUUCACCUUCACUGUAGUGUGCGUGUUCACCUUCUCCAGCGUGGUCAAAGAGGCAGUGCAAUCAAACAUUUGGGUCUAUCUCAGUUCCUUCAUCGUCUUCGUUGUGGUCGCCAUCGCCCUCACUUGCUGCAAGUCCUUCAGCCACCAUCACCCGUGGAACAUUGUGGCACUGUUUGUUGUCACCGUGAGCAUGUCAUACAUGACGGGGACCAUCGCCUCCUUUCACAACACCACUGCUGUGAUCCUCGCUAUGGGAGUAACGCUGGCCAUUUCUAUCUCAAUCAUCGCUUUUUCAGCGCAGACUCGCUAUGAUUUUACUUAUUGCAACAGUGCUUUGUUGAUUCUGGUCGUGGACGUCGCCAUGUUUGGGAUAUUUUGCACAUUCUACUACAGCUACAUCGCUGAAGUUAUCUAUGGAUGUCUGGGAGCUCUGUUGUUUUCAUUGUACCUGGUGAUCGACUGUCAGCUGGUGAUGGGGAGGAUGGCCUACAGUGCAGAUCCAGAAGAUUACAUCAACGCUGCUCUCAGAAUCUACCUAGAUGUAGUCCUAAUUUUCCUCUACAUCCUGGGGAGGAGGUGAAACUGCAUAUACAAAACAAACGGACACUUCAGACUGUGGAUUAAAAUGUCCUUUAUCAUUAUGUGCUGUAUAUAAUCUCCUCGCAUCAUGUCACACACAAAAAAAAAAAUCAAUGUUUGCAUAGAAUCUUGUCUUUGUCUCAGAUUUAAAUCCAUUAAAAAUCAAACAAACAAAAACA